AUUUACCAUAACCUGACCUUGCUGUAGCGCGCGCAUGCGGGAGAUAACAACAAGUUGAAGUUGAACACGGCAGAAUAGAAAAGAAAACAGGUGGUAGAUUUCCCCUACGAUGGCACCAGCAAGGAGGCUGAGGAAGAGGAGGAAUCCUGAAGAGAAGCCAGCUGAUGGAAAUCGAGGAGAAGAUGCUGCUGUUGCUGCCUCACCACAGGAGGUCAUCUCGAAGCGAAAGAGGAAGGUCACACGAAAAAGAGAAGAGGAGGAGGAGGCUGGGGCGAAGACUCCAGCAGACAGCAUAGCAGGUAGGACCAGCCUCGCAAGCAAGGUUGCAGCUAAAAAAAGGAAGACGGAGGAGAUUUCCCUCAGCCUUCCCUGCACGGCGAGGCAGAAGAAAGAGACGCUGCGAAAGGAAGCCAGUCCUGCGCCGUCCACGGGAGAGGGUGCACCACUGGUCAAACCUCACCGGCCACUCACGUCUCCAGCUGCAAAGCUCGCAGAGAAGGUGAAGACAGCUCGAACGAAGAGGGCGCCACUGGAGGGCAGGGCGAGCAAUGGCCGCUCGGUGUCGCCGAGCAGGAAGAAACAAACGCGCGUGCUCAAGGCAAGCAAAUCGACAUCGAAACCUCGCGACGAAUCCGAUUGCGAGGUCACGGAGCCGACCCCGCGCGCGACGACCGCGUCUCGCCGCAAGCUGCCGCCAGAGGGCGCCGCGAGAAAACCUCGGGGAAGAUUGAGCACUAAAGUCAGAGCUGACGGUGACAGCCAGCGAGAGAACCCGCAGGCCGUGAGCUUGAGUGUGAUGUUGAAAGAGGAGCCAUCAGUGAAGUAUGGAGGAGGAGGAAAAGGAGGAGGAGGAGGAGGAGAUGCGGAUGGAGUGUCGCCACAGGCCGGUCCAUCUGGGAAAGAAAGCCCAAAGAAAGAAAGCCCAAAGAAAACAUUGAAGGGAGAGAUGAUGAGUAGCGAGAGUAGCGAAUCGGAAUGGGAGGAGGUACAAGACUUCAGCCAUCCACCGCUGCCUCCUCCGCUCGUGAAACCCGCCGUGCAGCAUGAUAUAAAGAUCACUGUGAAGACCGAGGCAGAUAAGAAGAAGAAAGACAAAUAUAGUGCGGAGAGUUACUUCAAGAGCCUGUGGAACAAACUCAGUAAAGAUGUCCGAACAAGUCUGCACCAGGUACACCUGCUCUGCUACCUGUCUCAUGGUCUGCACUGCAGCAGUGUCUGCAACAGCGAGGAGCUACAGGCCGUGGCACUGUCGCUGCUGCCCGCGCGCUACACGGUCGCCGCGGCAACGGCGAUCGAUCGUGCCGUGCUCACUGCGCUCAUCAACUGGUUUAAGUCGUUCGUCGUCGUGGAGACGGACGACUUUCAGCGGAUGAGUGACUGUCUAGCAACCAGGCGCGUGCCGUCGUCGCGGGAAUACAUCCCCCUGUUCGCCAUCUUUCUGCGCAGUCUCUCUGUUCUCACGAGACUCGUUUAUAACCUGCAGCCGACAUCACUGAAGCCUGAAUCGCAGGCAAAGGUGUAUAAGAAGCAACCGGUGAAGAAAUCAGUGAAAGGUGGAGGAAAGCAGACGAAGAGGAGGUCGCGGGGUCAACGUCACACGAUGCGCAGAAGACGCGCAGCAACGAAUCCUGAGUUCACCGAUUCCGACGAAGAGACGUUCCGAGAUCCGAAGCAGGAGACAGACGAACGCGUAGUUCGCAAGAUGCGAAAGAUCGACCGAACUGAGGUUUCCACGCCAGGUGGCAGCAGGAAGUCAACGAGAACGCGACCUACGCCAACUAACUAUAAGGUCGGCGUUUCAAGCAGUGAUGACGGCGAUGGUGACGAUAGUAACGUCUCUGAUGAUAUGGAUAAGGUGGAUCAGAGCCCAGAAAAGAAGUUGCAGCAGUUCAGGAGAGAAUCUCUAAAAGAAAAGAAGGCAAGGCAGACCGCUCGGAAGAAAAAGCAAGAACAAUUGAGCGACAACUCCGACACAGAACUCGUCCGAGAACUAGACCGGCUGGAGUCGUGGGGAACCCAGAAAUCCGCCAAGAACAGGUCAAUGGCGAGAUCGGCAGAGUCUGACGACGACCCUCAAGUCGUCUCUGCCAGGGGACCUUCGAAUGACCUUUGGCUGGAGUUCUACGUGAAGAGCAAAAACCGGUGGACGUGUUUCGACUGCAUUACGGGAUCCAUUGAUGAUCCCAGGGAUUUGGAGAGACGGGCAUCCCAGCCGAUUCACUACGUGGUGGGCAUUGACAAUGAUAACUGCACCAAGGACUUAACGCCGCGCUACGCGUCUGAUUGGAUGACGAACGCACGACGAUUCCGCACGGACGGGGACUGGUGGGCGGACACGCUGGCAACGCGCCAGUGCCAGGACCUACUUAGGGACAAGGAGGAGGACUUGCAACUGAAAGACGAUAUGCUGGCCAUGCCGCUGCCAUCAUCCGUCUCGGAGUUCAAAGGUCACCCGCUCUAUGCCCUACGGAGACACCUGCUGAAGUUUGAAGCGAUUUACCCACCUACAGCCCAGCCUCUCGGUAUCAUCCGCGGAGAGCCUGUCUAUGCCAGGUACGUAUUCAUCCAGGCUGACAAUGGCUUGAUGAGGACUUUUCAGCGGAUGAGUGACUGCCUAGCAACCAGGCGCGUGCCGUCGUCGCGGGAAUACAUCCUCCUGUUCGCCAUCUUUCUGCGCAGUCUCUCUGUUCUCACGAGACUUGUUUAUAACCUGCAGCCGACAUCACUGAAGCCUGAAUCGCAGGCAAAGGUGUAUAAGAAGCAACCGGUGAAGAAAUCAGUGAAAGGUGGAGGAAAGCAGACGAAGAGGAGGUCGCGGGGUCAACGUCACACGAUGCGCAGAAGACGCGCAGCAACGAAUCCUGAGUUCACCGAUUCCGACGAAGAGACGUUCCGAGAUCCGAAGCAGGAGACAGACGAACGCGUAGUUCGCAAGAUGCGAAAGAUCGACCGAACGGAGGUUUCCACACCAGGUGGCAGCAGGAAGUCAACGAGAACGCGACCUACGCCAACUAACUAUAAGGUCGGCGUUUCAAGCAGUGAUGACGGCGAUGGUGACUUCUCUGAUGAUAUGGAUAAGGUGGAUCAGAGCCCAGAAAAGAAGUUGCAGCAGUUCAGGAGAGAAUCUCUAAAAGAAAAGAAGGCAAGGCAGACCGCUCGGAAGAAAAAGCAAGAAGAAUUGAGCGACAACUCCGACACAGAACUCGUCCGAGAACUAGACCGGCUGGAGUCGUGGGGAACCCAGAAAUCCGUCAAGAACAGGUCACUGUCGAGAUCGGCCAAGUCUGACGACGACCAAGAAGUCGUCUAUGCCAGGGGACCUUCGAAUGACCUUUGGCUGGAGUUCUACGUGAAGAGCAAAAACCGGUGGACGUGUUUCGACUGUAUUACGGGAUCCAUUGAUGAUCCCAGGGAUUUGGAGAGACGGGCAUCCCAGCCGAUUCACUACGUGGUGGGCAUUGACAAUGAUAACUGCACCAAGGACUUAACGCCGCGCUACGCGUCUGAUUGGAUGACGAACGCACGACGAUUCCGCACGGACGGGGACUGGUGGGCGGACACGCUGGCAACGCGCCAGUGCCAGGACCUACUUAGGGACAAGGAGGAGGACUUGCAACUGAAAGACGAUAUGCUGGCCAUGCCGCUGCCAUCAUCCGUCUCGGAGUUCAAAGGUCACCCGCUCUAUGCCCUACGGAGACACCUGCUGAAGUUUGAAGCGAUUUACCCACCUACAGCCCAGCCUCUCGGUAUCAUCCGUGGAGAGCCUGUCUAUGCCAGAGAAUGCGUGCGCAAUCUACACUCUAAGGAGACAUGGCUGAAGGAAGCCAGGUCGAUCAAAAAGGACGAGAAGGCCUAUAAGAUGGUGAAGCCGAGGCCGAAACGAGGGGAGUCGACGGGGGAGCCGAUGGCGGCGACGCUGAAGGUGUAUGGGGAGUGGCAGACGGAGCCUUACCAGUCGCCACCCGUGGAGAACGGCAUAAUUCCCAGGAACGAUUACGGAAACGUGGAGCUGUUCCAGCCAUCAAUGCUGCCACCUGGUGCUGUGCACCUGAACUUGGCUGGGCUGCACAAGGUUGCCAAGAAGCUGGGUGUAGAUUGUGUGGCAGCCAUGGUUGGAUGGGACUUCCAUGGCGGUUGGAAUCACCCCGUCAUGGAUGGCUAUGUUGUUUGUGAGGAGCAUGAGGUGAUCCUCAGAGCUGCGUGGCAGCAGGAGCAAGACGAAGCAGACAGGAAGCAGAGAGAGAAACGAGAGAAGAAGGUUCUUGCUCGCUGGAAGUUACUGGUGAAGGGAUUACUGAUACGCGAGAGACUGCGACGGCGUUGGGACCUCCGGCAUCCUCCCGCAUGCGGCACCUCCUCACAGGAAGAGUCGACAGCGGCAUCGGUUGAGGCCGCCUGGCCACGGAAUUUUGAUUCUGGGGAGAGAGACACAUAUCACCUGUUCCCCUUUGAGAAGAAAUGAUCAAAAAUAGAAAAAAGAGAGUAAAAACUUCCUAUGAUGUGAGCGUUUAAACAAGCGUUAUACUUUUGAUGUUACGGGUGUAGAUUUCUUCAUGCUUAGAGCCUUAGAUGGAAAAAUAUGCGAGUUAUAUUUCAUGUCAUGGUUCCCACAAAAGUGAAUUUUUCAGGGACUUUUUGAGGACAUUUCAAGGACAGUUUUAGCUUUUUAGAGUCAUCAUAUAUAUAUUAGAUUCAUAUAUAAAGUAAAAAUUGUUGUUUUACACGAGUGCUGAUAGCAGAUUAAACAGGCGCUAUAGCUCGCCGAUUACUGAUGUACACAAUAGUCGUUUCAUAUUGUCAUUCAUGUAGAUUCAUGUCACGGUCCGGUGACAAUAUGUAAAGCUUUGACAUGUAACAUGUAUCACUCACAAGUAUGUAUCACACAAUGUACUGUA